UUGGAGUUUCUUCACAUGUUUCCUCACGGGUAUGUUUUCAACAUCGUAGCUAUUCUCACUCUGAUUUGAAUGAAGCAUUUGAUUUUUGAUUUUGCGCUAUCGACCCAUCAUGCUUUACUAAUAUUCUCUCAUGAAAUUUUGGUAAAUUUUUUAUCCUCUUACCCUUUCUAUCAACCCUUUUUGCAGCAUGUUGAAGCGUGGAUACAAAUCAAAGUCAUGGAGUGGUGCUCAGAAUUGCCGGGUCUCCGCGUUUGUCAUGUCUCUUACACUGAUGCUAAUACUAGUGGUUUUAUUUUUAGUAUUUCGUAAUGAUAGUGAUAGUGAAAUUUCCAGCUUAGCUUAUGAAAUUCCCAAACAAAAGUGGAAUGGAAAAUCCAGUUUACCUUAUGAAGUUCCCAAACAGAAGUGGAAUGGCUUUGAUUCAUUGGUGCAAUUGCAUCCAACAAAAGAAUUUCGGAAUGGAACUGAUUUGAUAUGGCAAGUGCCUGAGUCACCUGAGGGUGUUCUCUUUCUGGCUAAUGGAUGCAAUGGUAAAGCCAUCAACUUUUGGGAUAAAUCCCCUGAAUGCCCUGAUUGUGUUGGUUUGCCUGAAGAACGAUUGCUUGUACUUCAUGGUCUUGCACAAGGUUUUGCUGUUAUUACUAUUUCAAGUGCACAAAGAUGUUGGACAUUUGGUAAGGAACUGUUAGUUGUUAAAGACAUUAUAGAAUGGUGGAUUGGCAGAAGGAAGCUUGAAAAUCUUCCUCUUGUGGCUUUGGGUGCUUCCUCUGGAGGGUAUUUUGUGUCUGUGCUUGCCACUGUGAUGAAGUUUAAUAGUAUUGUGCUCAUGAUUGCUGAGGGGAUGUUUGAGGAAAUGGAUAUUAGAAGGGACUACCCACCUACCCUUUUUGUUCACAUGCCUAAAGAUCUUUAUAGGCAGCAGAAAAUAGAUGAAUAUGUGGAGGUUUUAAGAGAUAACAGGGUUGAUGUUGGCGUUGUUGAAUGUAUGGAAUUCCCGUUGUCACCAAAUACUUUGGCUGAUAGGAUUCCAGGUCUUGAUCAAGCUCUUUCUCGAAGGUUAUUUGAGUUCUUUCAGGAAAAGGGCUUUAUUGAUCAAAAUGGUUAUAUGAAGAAAGAUGGGCGUCAAAUCAAAUGGAAAAAGGCUCUCGAGGGGGAGAAAACUGUUCUGCUGGAUAAGUAUCUGGUCCCUCAUAUCCAAGAGGAGCUAAACCUUGCAUUUGCUUACCAUGAGAUGACUAGCGUGCAUUCUGACCAAAUUUUUAAAUGGUUUAAAUCUCAUAUCAGUUGAUCAAUCCUUACUUGGGAUGCUCUCUGGUGUUUAAGUUGCUACCUGCUAUGACAGAAUUGUAGCCAACUGGACUUGUAUGUCAUUGAAAUCACUUGUAUGCUAAUAGAUUGGGGACCUAUCCUUCCUCUCAUUUCAUGAAAAUUCAGUUAGAGAUCCAGUGACUCACAU